UCUGCCUAUAAGAACACAGCACAUUCUAAGCUUACUCACAAAUUCACAAAUACAGUAACAGCUCCAAUGGCUUCUUCUUCUUCGUCCUCCUUAACCAAUUCGCUUCUCAUCUCCACCUUCCUCUUCCUCACCAUUUUCUCAUCCUCCCACGCUCUUUUCUUCACCUUCGUUAACAACUGCCCCUACACUGUCUGGCCAGCUAUUCUCCCCAACGAAGGCCACACCAACCUCGCCAGCGGCGGCUUCGAGCUCCGUACCUUCACCCACCGCUCCAUCAACGUUCCAGACACCCACUGGGCCGGCCGUGCCUGGGCCAGAACCGGCUGCUCCACGUCCAACAACAAAUUCACCUGCCUCACCGGCGACUGCGCCAACCGUCUCGAAUGCAACGGAGCAGGCGGUUCACUACCCGCCACACUGGUACAGUUCGACGUACACCACGGCAACAACGACUUCUCCUCUUACAGCGUCAGCCUCGUCGACGGUUUCAACACCCCACUGACAGUUACACCGCACGAGGGUAAAGGUCAGUGCCCCGUGGUUGGUUGUAAAGCAAAUCUCGUUGCCACGUGUCCUGAUGUUUUGCAGCACCGUGUUCCUGCUGUUCAUGGUCCUGUUGUGGCCUGUAAGAGUGGAUGUGAAGCUUUUCACACAGAUGAGUUCUGUUGUAGGAACCAUUUUAACAACCCUCAAACUUGUAAACCUACCGUGUAUACGAAUUUCUUCAAGCACGCGUGUCCUGAGACUUUUACCUAUGCGCAUGAUACACCUUCUUUGACUCAUCAGUGUUCUUCCCCUCGUGAGCUUAAGGUUAUCUUUUGCCACUAAAUGUUUAUGACAAAAUGUGUCUAGGUUGGGUUAUUGUUUAGUGACCUACUCCUGAUACGUGGUUGAGGGAAAUAAUAAAAUCAGGAAAAGAGAAUCUAUGUUUUUUUUUUGUCUUUGUAAUUUACUUUCUGUAGUGUAGUACUAGUAUGGAGAUGGUUCAUGGUUGUGUUGUGUGGUU